AUGACUCAUCCCAUACUGAGCACAAAUAGGGUGAGUGAAGACAUUCGUUUAAUCACCGACACUAGCUCCUUUUUCCUGGAAAAAGUACAUAUCAUCGGAAUCGAUGAAAUGGGGGAUGAAGGGUCACUGGAUAAGAGGAUCUUCAAGGGAGCUAUAGAGGGUUACUCUUUGAUGUGGUUGUUGAUGUGGGCCACGACAAUUGGGUUGUUGGUUCAGCUGCUGUCGACUAGGCUUGGUGUGGCGACGAGGAGACACUUGGCUGAGCUGUGUAGAGAAGAGUAUCCGACUUGUGCCAGGAUGAUUUUGUGGGUAAUGGCGGAAUUGGCUUUGAUUGGAGCUGAUAUACUGGAAGUUAUUGGAAGUGCUAUUGCUAUUAAGAUUUUGGGUAAUGGUGCUUUGCCUUUGUGGGCCGGUGUUGUUAUUACAGCUUUUGAUCGUUUUAUCUUCUUGUUUCUUGAAAACUAUGGAGUGAGGAAGCUGGAAGCAUUUUUUGCUGUCCUUAUUGCUACAAUGGCAGUCUCAUUUGCUUGGAUGUUUGGUCAAACAAAACCCAGUAGCACCGAAAUUCUUCUUGGUGUUUUGAUUCCAAAACAUAGCUCCAAAUCCAUCAAACAAGCUGUGGGAGUUGUGGGCUGCAUUAUUAUGCCUCACAAUGUAUUCUUGCACUCUGCUUUUGUGCUAUCACGUGAAAUCGAUCACAGCAAGGCCGAUUGCAAGAAGCUCACAAUUAUUACUCAAUAGAGUCGGCCACAGCACUUUUGAUAUCCUUUAU